GGCGGAGAAAACCCACGGGAGCUCAAUAGCUGCGGGUGGCCCUGGCAGUCCCGGGCACAGCGCCGAAGUCUCACCGCCAGCCGCGACUCUCCCGCCGGCAGGUCAUUCCAGAAAGAUGAGGAUAUAUAGUGUCUUAACAUUCAUGGCUUACUGUUGUUUGCUGAAAGCGUUUACUAUCACAGUUCCCAAGGACCUGUAUGUGGUAGAAUAUGGCAGCAAUGUGACGUUGGAAUGCAGAUUUCCAGUAGACCAACAAUUAAACCUGCUUGUAUUAGUUGUUUACUGGGAAAUGGAGGAUAAGAAAAUUAUUCAGUUUGUGAAUGGGAAGGAAGACCUGAACGUUCAGCACAGUAGCUACCAUGGGAGGGCCCAGCUGUUGAAGGACCAGCUCUCCUUGGGAAAGGCUGCACUUCAGAUAACAGAUGUGAAAUUGCAGGAUGCAGGGGUUUACUGUUGCUUGAUCAGCUAUGGCGGUGCUGACUACAAGCGGAUUACUUUGAAAGUCAAUGCUCCAUACCGCAAAAUCUACCACACAAUUUCUGUGGAUCCAGUCACCUCUGAACAUGAACUAACGUGUCAGGCUGAGGGUUACCCUGAAGCUGAUGUCAUCUGGACAAGUAGCGAUCACCAAGUCCUGAGUGGCAAAACCAGCAUCACCAAUUCUAAGAGGGAGGAAAAGCUUUUCAAUGUGACCAGCACACUGAGAAUCAACACAACAGCUGACAAAAUUUUCUACUGCACUUUUCGGAGAUUAGGUCAUGAGGAAAACAACACAGCUGAGUUGGUCAUCCCAGAACCAUAUCCAGAUCCAGCAAAAACGAGGAAUCACUUGGUGAUUCUGGGAGCUCUCUUCUUGUUCCUGCAUGUAACCCUGGCAGUCAUCUUCUGUCUGAAAAGAAAUGUGAGAAAGAUGGAUGUAGAAAAAUGUGGCACCCAAGAUAUGAAUUCAAAGCAACAAAAUGCUACACAUUUUGAGGAGACGUAAUCCAGUGUUGAAACUUCUGAUCUUAAAACAGGGAUUCUCAGCCUGUGGUUUGGGUUUAUCAGACCAGAGAUAUGCAGUGGGCCAGGGGGCUGCAGAUGAUGUAGAACUUAGAAAGCCCACGCUCUGAAAACAGAAGCUGAGAAAGAAGAGGACAGAGGAAGAAGGAAUAAAGGUACCGUGGAAGGAAACAUUGGUACUUCCAAAUGGUGAAAGACUCAUCAAUACAUGUGAAAAGGAGAAAGGACACUUCUAAAUGAUGAACCUCCAUGCACAUUAUCCAUCACUCAUCUUAGGAAAACAGGUUGAGAUUCCCUGAUUUAAUGGUCAGUUCCUACAGAAGUGCCCUUUGCCUUUACUCAGUGUCUUGAUUUGUCUUCUGCUUGAUUGAGCAUCCCAGUGUUG